AUCAUGGUUUCUUUUUAUGUGUUGCUGGUGCAUUGACUGUCUCCUGUGUGACACUUAGGCCUACAUGUCCUGUUGAAUGAUUGAACUUGACCGAUUAAUCACGUAGAAAUGGAAACUAUAGUUGCAAACGUGGACUGCUUGCGGUUUGAUUUGGAGACGGCGUUGGAGCAGCAAAUAGGAUCACAGCCAUUACCCUUCCCUGGGAUGGAUAAAUCAGGUGCAGCGGUGUGUCAGUUCUACAAGCAGAACAGCUGCAGCAAGGGGGCGAUGUGUCCCUACCGCCACGUUGGGGGUGAGAAAAGCGUGGUGUGCAAACACUGGCUGAGGGGGUUGUGUAAGAAGGGUGAUGAGUGCGAGUUCCUUCACCAGUACGACAUGACCAAAAUGCCCGAGUGUUUCUUCUUCACAAAGUUUGGUAUGUGUAGCAACAAGGAAUGUCCAUUUCUUCACAUCGACCCGGAGAGUAAAGUCAAGGAUUGCCCGUGGUAUGACAGGGGAUUCUGUAAACACGGUCCACUGUGUAAGAACCGACACGUGCGGCGGGUGAUGUGCCAGAAUUACCUCAACGGCUUCUGUCUGGAGGGACCUAACUGUAAAUUCCAGCACCCCAAGUUUGACCUGCCGGUGUUGGAAGCCAAGGAUAACAUCAAGAAGAUCGUUUGCCACAACUGCAAGGAGGUGGGCCACAAGGCAGCCAACUGUCCCAAGGGAUCGAGUGCCUGGGUGCAGCAAGGCAGACCAUCCGACAGGGCCAUCGGCGUGCUCGGCAUGGUGGACACAAAUGCUGGAGGUGGGACAGGUCAGCACCUAGGACAACCACACAGCAAUGGCCAGCCCAUCCGGCACUUCCGUAGCGCGGAAAAUAUCAAAUGCUUCAAGUGCGGGGAGCUCGGCCACUUUGCCAACAAAUGCCCCAAGGGAUAUCUGGCAUUCCUUAGUAACGCCAACAGUGACCAAGAGCAACAGCCCAACAGGCAGUAGCACCGACGAACAAACAAGCCGUCAUGGCCUGGCAUGACCUUGGCUUGGGAUUGAUGCAGCAAAACCACUGGAAUGUACAGCACGAUCAUCAUGGAUUUUUAAAUUGAACGAGCCGACUGCUGCAUGGCCAUUGCACAAGACUGUGCACAUGGCACAAUCAGGCAGCACUCUUAAAAGCCAUUUUGAAAAUGCACAGUGUCAUAGACAGUGUAUAAACAGCCCACAAGCAGCACCAGCUGGGCCAGUGGUGCGUGUGAGUCACACCAAAGUGCAUGUUCCAUCAUAUGACAUCAGGUGUCUCACCUUGAUUUAUCUAAUGGCUGUGCACUGGGGUACACACCAGCUUAUGCUAACACAGUUUGUGCUAUGAAUAUUAUCUGCUCUGCGCCUGACCUGAUGAGGGCGGUACAACAGAGCAGCAACACGCUGGGGAGGUAACACUCGGCUGGCUCUAAAUUUAAUCCAAGCCCUCCUGGGUAGUUUCAGCUGGGCACCCUGCCAGACGGAAGAGAGCUCCAUGGCCCAAGUCACUUCACUGCAAAGUGCACCAAGAUCAAACAGGUCAACUAUUUCCAAGGCCCAAUGGCCUCGGGGUAUUAAAGUUGCCGACCACCACAGGAUCCAAUGAUGUCGCUGUUCCAUGGGACUAGCCCCCAUUUUCUCAACACUAGCAUCCUAUUGGACGGCUGUUGGUUGCCUGGUGCAACUAGGUGAACAGGACACGUCUAAAUUGCAUGUGGCUCCAUCUGGAAGGGUUACGGUUACUCUUACCGUAUGUCCACCAUGUGGAUGUUCAUGCACUAGCAAGGAUAUGCCAACUCCUUGAAAAUGCACUUUCAACGGAUGGCGUUCUUUCACUGCGAGAUACAGCAAGUUUACACCUCACAGGGCGUACUCUCUGCCACACCACAAAAUGGUUAAACAUUGAUUUUCUUAAAUUCCAAAAAGGCAUAGUGAACCAAUCAGGUUCUCCUGUGUGAUCCCAAGCCUCCUGCGUGUAUGUUCACACAGGAAUCCGCAUCAGACUAGAGUGCAGGUUUUUAUCAUGGAAAUGUGUAAGCUGUAUGCGUAUGAAUCAUAGGGCUACGGCUGCAAAAGACACACACCUGUGAGUAGUGGCUACAGCUGCUAGUCGCUGGCUUUCUAUUUGUAGCCACAGCCACAACUUUGGGACACAGCCAUGCUUGUACAUGCUCAUGCAUCCAUGCAAGAUUGCCAAAAAAGGCCACUUUGAGGUCACUCUUCAAGUGGUAAACAGACAUAGUUAUCCAGAAAUCAAUGCUGACCACAGUUAGUGGAUCAGCGUUUAUUUGGCACAGACAAAUGCACAGCGAGUGACUGGUUUCAGAUUCCUUCAUCAUGGACUUCGGGAGGGGGGGGACCAGUGUAACAUUGAUUACACGUUCCCCACAGGUUUGUGGACCUAUAACAUCCAUCACUACAUACCAGAGAUAUGCUUUGCUGUGACGGAGCUGUAUUAUAUUUUAACAAAAAUCCACCACAGCGAGGACCACACAGGAAGAAAAACCUUGGUCUCCUGUGUCACAAAAUGAUUUCAGAGUUGGCUCUGAGAGUUGGCUCUGUAAAAUGUUAAUUGUGGGGAAUAAAUUCUGGUUUGAGUGACCAGUUUUGUACAAAUUGAGUGAA